AUGGCGAGUUCGUUCAGACGGCGGAUCGGUUGCACCGAGAAACGCGCCGUUUGUCAAGAGACCGAGUCGUGGCUGGCCGUUCUCCUGCAGUGUGUGGGUAUUAAGAAGCUUCUGGAUUUAAUAAAUGGGACGGGACUCGUUUCAGACCUCCAGCUCUUCAAAGAUCUCAAGCCCGCGCGUCCGUCCGGCUGGGCGUUCGACGACGGCUGCUUCUUCUGCCGCGCCCGGCGAGACAAAGUGAAGGAACACGUGGCCGCCCUCAACAAGAAGAUCGUGGACAGCGGAGGCAAGCCGCUACUCGGCAGAGAUCACAGCAACGUCGCCCGGCUCGAGGGCCAGAUCGAAGACUUCCUGGAUUCGGUGGUGCACCGGACGGAGUACAAACCCAGGAUCCCCGACCCCCACAUCCCGCUAGUGGCGCGCGAUGUCCUGCAGCUGAUAAUCCGCCACUUCCUGAUGCGCCUCGCCGCCCCCGCCUCCGCGUCCGACCAGAACCCCGUCCUCAGUAAGCUCCUCAUGCCGGACCAGGACGCCCCCCUGGACCUCUCGGUCAGGAAGGUCAAAUCGGAGACCAGAGAGCAGGACCGCGUUCUGGACCUUUCCGUCAAGAAGAACCGGAACCAGGAACCGGAGCCGCUCAGGAGGGACAGUUUGGAGCCAGACUCCGCUAACGACCUGCACCCGGUCGCCACCCUGGAAGACUUGAUGGCUAAGCUGUGUUCCCACCACCAGCGCCAGAUUGUCGACGCCUUCACGUUCCUGGAGACCGAAAUUAAGGCGGCGUCUUCCUCGGGCAAAGUUCAGGACGCCCUAACGUCAGGCCGCGAACCCAAAACGGAGAGGAAAGGACCCGGGCCGGCGGCGGCCCCGUCGGUUGCGAUAAACGAGAGCAAAGUUAGCAAAAUAGAACCCGUUUCGGUCGCGGAGACGUCCUCAGAAAGUGAGGGUCCGUCGCUCGCGUCAGUCGGGACCGAGCCGGAACCCGAACCCUUCACGGCUCCCGGGGAGGAACCUGCCGAACCGAAAUGUCCCACUCUUCGUAUCGUGAAGAAUAGAAACUCUGGCAACCUCGAAGCCAAGAAGGUUCCGGAGGUGAAUCCGGACACUGUCACUUUAGAGCAGGGUACACAUACUUCUGACACACACUUGCACACCAGUAGCGUAGAGCAUGCUACCGUCGAGCCGUCUUCUACCUCUACGGGGCAUGGCGCCCUCGAUCCCAAAAGUUGCCGAAAUAUCGACAGCACUGACGCGGUGAAAAGGCUCCCGGACGAAACGUCACCGAAUUCCACAAAAACGGCCAGAAAGAGCAUCAAGGGCUCGCGGUGUCGGCCGAGAGACCCCCCGCCGUGCCGCGCCCUGAACGACCCGGACGUCAUCUACGACAUCGUGUACGUCGCCAAGCCCAUCACCGAGUGCGAGCUGGAAUCGCAGAGGCGCAUGAAUCCCAGGAGGAACGCGAGAAAGAGCACGAGGGGGCACCGCUACGUCGGGGACUACUUGGAGGUCAAGACGGUCCGGACCCUGUCUCGCGGGUCCGUCGGGGGUAGCGGGAACUGUCCGGUCCGCAUGCCGGAGAUCACCACGUCGGUCACGCCGAAGCAGGCCCUGGCCAAACCCGACGGCGUCCCCGGCGUGGACGCGCUGCACGCCGGGGACUGCAUGGAGACCGUCGGGCCUCUGGAUCAAGCCGCGGACACGGAGACGCCCGGGGACGUGGUGGCGAUUACCGACGAGGAGAUGAUCGUGGAACCCAGUCAGACGGGGCAGUGUGAGGCAUCGGCGCAACAGGACUUGACAGAAAUACACACUGCAAGUACCCCCGAGAAUGUAGAAUUAGCGACCCUAAACACGGAGACAAGGGGCUCGCCUGGUGCACAAGGAGAGAAUAUCGUCAUCAGUCGAAGUAGCAACUGUGACUCCAAACCCGAACCCCAAAAACAGACCGAGCGUCUGAAAGUGCAGGUACCGGAACUCACGGUUGGUCGCUUACCACACUCGCGAGUACCUUGCGGAUCUGAAACAAACACCAGUUCAGGGCCGUGUACCGAACUAACUCAAGGUAGCGUUCUCGCGUCAGGUAGUUCUGACGAGGGUAGGGGCGGAGCUUCAGACGGAGGCGAACAAGGUCAAACCGAACUUGACGACCUUCAGUCGGAAAGUCCUUCCCAUUCUAAACCCUCGCCAACCUCUUCAGAAAGCAACAGUGUUCAUAAAAACUCGCCCUCUCCGGAAGACGACCGUAUUUCAGGUGCUACCGAAGAUCCCGAACUUGGGAAAGCGCGCCUACCUUCGCCGGUCCCUCAAGUGGAUGCGGUGGAGGAAGAGGUGCCCUCGAGACUAGAGGUCUUAGACUUUGCACCAGCAGACGAUGAGCUCCAAGGGCGGAGCAGGUCUCCCCUCCAGAAGUCCCCGAAAGCUUCUGAAAUAAAGUCCGUCAGAGACAGGAGUACCUCUGAGCGGAUGCUCUUGAGGAACAGGGGUACCACCUCUGCCGAUCAGCCUGUCGAAGGAGAGCCUUGUAGUUCCACCACCGAGGAUGUAAUUGAGUCGCUUGAAGGAACUCUCGAACCCACCGUGGGUCAGCCUAACGAUGGAGAUUCGUGCAGCUCCCCCGCUGCAUGCCCCGUCGAGAGGCCAGAGCGAAUGCCCUUGAGAAGCAGGAACGCCAACACCGUUAAGCAGCCUAGCGUUAGUGAUUCAGGCAGUCCCAUAAAUGCAACUCCUGUCAAGAUGCAAGAACGUUUGCCGCUGAGAAGCGGGAGUAGCGCCGCAGUCGAGCAGCCCAGCGUCGCGCAGCCUUGCAGUCCCCUUACAUCAAGCCCUCUCGAGCGGCCAGAACGAAUGCCCUUGAGGAGCAGGAAUAGCACCGCUCUCGACCAGUCAAGUUUUGGAGAUUCCGCCACUCCUCAGAGGCCAGAACGGAUGCCGCUAAGAAGCAGAAAUAGCGCCGCUGCGGACCAUCCAAGUGCUGUUGGAGCAAGCCUUCCUGAGAGGCCACAACGUAUGCCGUUAAGAAGCAGGAAUAGCGCCGCUGUCGAUCAGUCCAGCGUUGAGGGUUCUCCCGAGAGGCCAGAACGAAUGCCCUUGAGAAGCAGAAGUACCACCAGUGCUGACCAUCCAAGUGUUGAGCAGUCUUGCAGUUCCCCUUCUGACAGGCCAGAGCAAAUGCCGAUGAAGAGCAGGAGUAGCACCGCAGCCGAUCAGUCUAGCAUUGGGGGUUCUUGCAGUUCCCUUACAGCUAGUUCUCCUGAGAGGCCGGAACGAAUGCCCUUGAGAAGCAGAAGUACCACCAAUGCUGACCAAGCAAGUGUUGGGCAGUUUUGUAGUUCCCCUUCAGCAAGCCCUGCUAAGAGUUCAGAGCAAAUGCCGACGAGAAGCACCGCAGUCGUUGGGGGUUCUUGCAGUUCCCUUGCAGCCAGUUCUCCCGAGAGGCCAGAACAAAUGUCCUUGAGAAGCAGAAGUACCACCCCUGCUGACCGACCAAGUGUUGAGCAGUCUUGCAGUUCCCCUUCUGAGAGGCCAGAGCAAAUGCAGAUGAAGAGCAGGAGUAGCACCGCAGUCGAUCCGUCUAGUGUUGGGGAUUCUUGUAAUUCCAUUCCAGCAAGCCCUGCUGAGAAGCCAGAACGAAUGCCCUUGAGAAGCAGGAGUAACAUCAUUGCUGAUCAGACUAGUUCUGGAGACGUUAGCGGUUCCUCCACUGCAAGCCCCGUUGAAAAAUCGGAGCCGACGCCGGUAAAAAGCAGGAAUAGCUCUACUGUCGAUCAGCCAACCAGUCCUGUUGAGAGGCAAGAACGAAUGACUCUUAGAGGCAGAAUUAGCACCGCUGCAGAUCAGUCGAACGUUGGAGGUUCUUGCAGCUCUUCUGUUGCAAGCACUGUUGAGAUUCCUGAAAGCAAGGACCAACCUGUUGAUGAGUCCCCUAAUCCAGACCCCUCGAAAAGGCCAGGAAGGACACCCUUGAGAACCAGGCAUGACCAUUGCGCAGAACAGACUACUAGCAAAGAUUCCCCUCAUACAAAGCCGUUAGAGGUUGUAGCCCACAUGCCUUUAAGAAGCAGCGGCCAUCGGGUCAUUGAGGAGUCUUCUGUCGGAAUAAAGGACGCAGACGAUGCGAGGAGUAAACUAGAGAUCGCUAAACACAUGCCUCUGAGAAGUGAAAGCGAAUCACCUGUUAGAAGCGGCCCGGAGAGCCCUGGACGUAUGUCUCUGAGGAGCAAGAAUUCUUCCGAAAAGCUAGCUUGUUUACCGACGCCUCCAAAGUGCAAAAAACUUCCUCAGAGAAUUCAAAGGACGCCUAAAAAGUCUCUGCUUCACUUGUUCCAGGAGUCGGAACAGAUCCCUGAAGGUAGCAACUCCAACGUCAGGAGCGAGGCUAGGAGUUUUAAGCAGCACCCUUUUACGUUAUUUAACCUUCCACUUAGCAAACCCGAAACCGCUAGUCCAUGCAAGUUUUUGAAGGCUUUAAAUGGGGAAGCCAACCAACGUUUGAUUCUAGAUUUAAAUUCCAAAUUUGAGAAGAUGCAAAAAGGCUGGGUCCAGAUGGACAAGGAGGGUCAGCCGGCACCGAAACCGAAAAACAAGGCAGACCGGCUAAAAGAGAUAUGGAAGAGCAAACGAAGGGUCAAAAAACCCCGGACUCUGGAGCAGCACCGAAUUUCUCCUGUGCAGAUGUUAUUCAUGAAGUCUUUCGACCUUCCGAGCAUCUGUCAGUGGUUCCUUCAGGCCACCGAAACCAAGUCGCUCGUCAUCGUUAAAAAGGUGAACACCAGGCUCCCGUCCGAAACGCACCUGGGUUUCCCGACUUACGCGUCGGAGUCCUCCGGGGUCUUCCCCAGCCUGCAGGCGGAGCGCCUGAAAAAACACCUGAAGAAGUUCGCCAUUGCGUCUCCCGUCAGGAGCAACCCUAAGAACAAGAGGCUGAUUGCUAAAGUUCUAGCCAAGGGCGCGGCCAAACUCAAGGACAAACAAGAGAAACGACCGGCCGCACGGAUCUCGUCCAAGCCCCAGAGUUCGAGAUGCGCGGCGCAGGCGGCGCCUCACGACGGCCACGGCAAGGUCAACCCGGCCAGCGCUCGGAUCCUGAGGAAGUACUCCAACAUGCGCGAGAAGAGGCAAGUGCAGCGAGUCGCUCUGAAGAAGAAACAAACGCCCAGAAGCAACAAGAAGUCCGACCUCGUCAAGAAGACGAAACCGUCCGGUAAGAAACCGAAAGAGACGAAAGACGUCUCGAGAGAGUCGGGCGAACCCAAAACCUCCAGGAAAAGGAAGUCGCCCGAGAGCUCGGCGCAGAGUCCGGCGAGGAAAAGAGACAAAACCAGAGCGCCGGACGUCGACGCCAAGCCUCCGUCGUCCGAAGAUCAGGUCCAGACCAGGUCUCGGAGAAAGUUAGGAGCCAGGGUGCCGAGAGCGCCCAAGAACCGAGGCUUUAUAUCGAAGCGAUUAAGGACGUCGAAGUAGCGAUGACGAUCUUCCCAGCGUACGUUUUUCUAGUAUUAUUAGCGCCGUCCUACAGCGCCAUCCUGUGCUGCUUUGUAAUGUGCCUUAAGCAAUUAGCCGCCGCUUCUUCGCGCGAGGACGGUCUCCAUUCCAGAGCAUUAAAUUUAAUCUUGUUUUUUGUAGCUGUCAGCGAUCAGGUCGAGGACUCGCUACGUUACGUAGGAAUACUAUUUGAUUGACGUGAAUCGACGUUAGAAGCUAAAGACUAUGCACGCCUCGGCUACGUGAAUCGACUGUGAAAACGCGACUGUGACUGAAUAACCGAAGAACGACUCCAGCGUUACGAAUCUCGCUCGUACAUCGGAACCAUUUGAAUUUUUUUUUUUUAAUUAUUAUUAUUAUUGAUUCUUUCGCCUUCGUUUUCUUGUAAAUGCUGAUGAAUAUUUAAUGCUAGCGUCGUUAAAAUUAAAUUUAUUCGCCAGAUAACGAACUUUGACAUUUUACUCUUACUGAUAUUUAUAGUUUUUCUUGUUUUUGUUUUUUUUGUUUUGUAUAUUUGAAAAAAAAUGCAGAUUUAUUUGUGUAACGUUUCAAACUGCUAUAAAGUAUUUAAAUGAAAAA